AUGAGUUUGUUCACUCUCGCCGCCGCGGCAUCGCCGGACAAGAGCUAUUCGGAAGCGUCGGACGAGAAGCCGUACGAUCGAAAAGCGUCGAGCGCCAACACCUCAUAUAGUAUUUCGAAUCUGCUCGACAAAAAGGAGAGCAGCCCGUCGGCGAGCUCGUCGGCCAGCGAGGACGACACGACGACGCGCUGCGCCAGCACCGACGAGGAGCAGCGGACGCGGACGCCGUCGUCGUGCGACGCGAUGCCGGCCUUCUGCACACAAUUCAUUUUUCCGCCGACGUCGGCCAACAAUUCGAAUGCGAGCGGCGCGUCGAGCGACGCCGCCAACGCGAAUCCGCUAGCGGCGCUGAUGGCGUCGGGAGCCGUCGAUCCGAGCCAAUUGCAAACCUAUCUAUUCCUGCUAUCGCAACAGUUGAACUCGACGGCGGCGGCGGCGGCGGCGACGCGAGCCGCCCAGGAGACUGUAAACCGUUCGGGUUUGAAUCCGUUCAGCCUGCUGGCCGCCGGCUUGCCGUCCGGUAUGCCGACACUCGGCCGAUUGCCGCACCAGAUGCAAUUGUCGCCGAACUCGAUGAGCAGUCUGCAGAAGAAGCAGAGUCGGCCGACGUUCACGGGUCAUCAGAUUUAUCAACUCGAGCGAAAAUUCGAGCAGACGAAAUAUCUGGCGGGCGCCGAUCGCGCCCAACUAGCCCAGGAGCUCAAUAUGAGCGAGAGUCAAGUCAAGGUGUGGUUCCAGAAUCGUCGAACCAAGUGGCGAAAAAAAGAAGCUGCCGACAACGCGCUGGUCAAACGCAACGGCUCCGACGACAAAUCGCCAAUGUCGCUGUCGCCAUUCCUCAACGCCACCCUUUAA